AAACCGGUGAUUCUGAUAGGCAGGCGAGGUUCGUUCUGCAAAUUGUACAGAAACAUUAGUUAGCCCGCACCGCAUGUCGAGCUAAAAUGUCUGAAGUGUUGGUCACAUAAGCCGCAGUCUGUUCGCGCCAAUCUCAUUAGCACGAUACUCAAGUGCAUUACCUGGGGUCUGCGAUCUUCACAAACAGGCAACAUUAGAUCAUCAAAAUGGAGGCAGCUGUAAAGUUCCGUGUAAUCCUGGACCAUGAGAUAAAGAAACUUUGUGUUCCUGAAAUGCCACGUACAGUAAAAGAGUUGGAAGCAACCAUAAAACAGACGUUUGAGAUCUACGUGGACAUAAGCCUUCAAUACAAAGAUCAAGAUUUUGAUGACUUCAUUACUUUAAGUUCAACUGAUGACCUGAAGGAUAGGGACACACUAAAGGUAGUGUAUGUCCCACCUGUCAUUUUGCUAACAAAAGAGAUUCCUGACCUUCAAACAGAAGAUUGCUUUGUAUCCAGAGCAGUGUCAGAAAAUCACUUUGCGUGUCUACCAUCCACAUCAAGUGGCUCCAUCUCUGCAGAAUCAGAUGACACCAUACUACUCAGUCCCUGUAGCUCUGAAAUGCACAAACCAUGGCCAACAGAGUUUCCUAUUCCAAAGUUUUCGUAUAACACAGAGUUAGCGCUUCAGUAUGGCAAUGAGAACUUUCUCAGAGAUGGUUCUCUUUUGUACAAAGAGAAGUCUUAUCCUGGUAUAAAGUCCAACAUCCUGGAGUGUUUGGCAGAGCUCAUAUUUUCAUACACUCCAUACCCAAAUGAUGCACAUCGAUGUGCAGUAGCAGAGGCUCUCAUAAAAAGGCAUCCAUGUUUGAAGGAGCCAGGCUCUUUCAAUGGUCUCUAUGGAUGGCAGCAGAGCCUAAAGUAUAAAGUAGGAAAUUACCGAAGCAAACUUCGAAUGCAUGGGAUUCCAGAAGUCUUGGUGAACUCUGUAAAGCGCAAAUCUUCUGAGAACAAACAACCAGCAAAAAACAUCAAAAAAGCUCGGAAAGCUGAGUUAAACUACCUGCCCCCUCAUCCACCUGGGCAAACGGAUGAUUCCCUUGAGAGUAAGAGACUAGAGUUGACUUCUGAGAACAAGAAAAAGAAUAACGACAGAGUUAUAAAUGAGUUGAUGUCAAGUACCUUCAGUUUGAGAAGACAGGAGAUUGUUGGUCAAGCCCCAGGUGUCACAGAUCUUCUAGAGAGAUGGCCCGCCCUCUUUAAACCUUCACAGAUCUGUGAAGAGUUCUUGAGAAUCAAUGGCAUAUCACUUGAGUCAACAUUUAUGUCACAGCUGGACAGACAUACCCCAAGGAUGUUGUCACUUUUCAAUGAAAAGGGAGGAGCAGUUGGUCAAAGAAUCAAGGUCGAAAUGAUGAAACUCAUCCAGGAUCCAUCUGCCUCUGUAGACAAAAGGAGAGAAGUGGUUCUGAGAUGCCUGGUAGAGUAUAUGGGAGAGAGACAAGAAGAUCUCAUCAGUGUCUACCAUAGCUGUGAGGAAACAGAGGUCCAUGCUGAGCUUGGCAGCUGUCCACUGAAGAUUUACAUGUGCCAUCAGCCCGACACGAUUGGCAUCAUCAUAGAAGGACAGCCCGUGGUCAGAGGUUUGCCAAACCUGGCAAAAGCAUGCUGCCUACUUUUUGGACUGACAUAUGCCAUUGACCUGAAGUAUCCAUCUAAACUGAUGUAUACGUUUGAGAUUUACCAGAGGCUGUUUGUGGGAUUGGACCCCAUGCGUCCUAAGUCAUCACCCAAGUAUGCAAAACUUCUCACCAAAUUAUCUUAGAUAGAAUUCUUCGUGGAUAUGGCAUUUUCUGCCAUAAUUUGAAAAAAAAGUUUACCAAAUACCAAGUGAAACGUACUGUAAUCAGAAAAUCUGUUAAUAUUUGUUCAGGGUGAUAAAAAUAUUUGUUUUAAGAAUUUAUUUUUUUAUCUCAAUACCCAGGUAACUCUGGCAAUAUAAUUUUCUAAUUUCCAUUGUUAUUUUCCUCUGUGUUUAUUCUUCAGUGCCUUAAAUUCAUGUGGACUUUGGAUCGUGUUCUUUGUCAGUCAUUACCUCACGAGGUAUAUACUGUACACAGCAGUGUUUUGGCACAAUUUGGGAGUUCUUAAAAAAUCAUAGUAGUUCAAAUUAUAGAAAUACUCUAUUCGUUUUUGACAUUGUCAACGUUCCAGUGUGAUAAAAGGUCAUAGGCAAUUUGGAUAUUUGACUUGACUGUUAAGAACAAGUUGAAAAUGUAUGCAUACCAAAGUGUUUUUGUGUGAAUUUGAAGCCACAUUUAUGACCCUUUUUGGCAGUCACUGUUAAAGAUUACAAUGGUUGACUUUCAAUAAAUGUUAUGGUCUUCAA